UUGUAACCACAGCCGAAGAAGAAGGAAGCGCCGGCGGUGUCUGUCACAGCACAAGUGAAGACGGCUCGAGAUGAACUACAGUCCGCUCCGGACACUGACACUUAUGGACAACGUCGUUUAGUAAAAUGGACGCCAGCAAUUAUGCCACAACCCAGAAUGAUGCUGGUGGUGACAGGAGAUGACUUUGGCUACUGUCCUCAGAGAAACCAGGGGAUCGUCGACUGUUUCCUGGCAGGAGGCAUCUCCAACGUGUCGCUGCUGGUUAACGCGACUGCCGCAAAAGAAGCAGCUGAUCUCGCUAAAAGACACAACAUCCCCAUCGGACUCCAUGCCAACCUGUCAGAGGGGAUCCCAGUGUGUCAGAGUGUGCAGGAGUCUUCCACGCUGAUAAACCAGCAUGGCUUCUUCCAGGGAAAGAUGGGCUUCCGUCAGGCGCUGGAGCGAGGCCAGCUCAGCAUGAAGCAGGUGGAGCAGGAGCUGCGGGCUCAGGUCCGGCUGUUCAGAGAGCUCACGGGUCACCUGCCCCAGCACAUGGACGGACACCAGCACAUCCAUGUGCUGCCAGAGGUGCGGGAGGUGUUUGCUCAGGUGCUCUCAGAUUUCAGGAUCCCGUACACGCGUGUUCCAGUGGAACUAGGUCUGCACAGCUGCCCGUGGCUGCCUCUGCACCUGCAGAGAUUCUACACGCAGGUGGAGAAGAACGCGUUGGACUCCAUUCCUGUCUUCACCCGCUAUGGAAUCAGGUGGCCAGACGUGUACCUGGGACUGACCACCAUGGGGCAGAACAUGUCCGUGCCACACCUGCAGAGGGCGCUCCACCACGCUCUGUCUGCAGGGCCCUCUUCAGGCUACAGCUCCAACAGUGCGUCGGGCUCGGAUCAAGCCGUGGUGACGGCAGAGCUCAUGGUUCACCCCGGUUACCCCAGUCACCCUCAGGACGGCGGCUGUGGAGAGGGUCCCGACGAUUUCUCCCAGUCAGCUGACCGACAGCAUGAGCUGAGAGUGCUGAGCGAGCCGUCCCUGCUCGCCCUCUACAGUCAGGAGAGGGUACAGCUGUGUGCCUUCAAAGACCUCUCACUGCUGCUGCCCAAGAACGCCUGACGUGGACGUUCUGUGUGACGCCCGCGAUCCACACGUUCUCUCUCAGUGUUCUCAUAAAAAUGCAACUUACGAGAAAACCUCAUAACUCUAGAAAUAGAAAUAGGAAGGAAAUGGUUAAUAUUUUACUAUGAAACUGUAAAAUCGUAUGAAUUUUAGCUGCAGUGUUAAAAUCAAAUUAACUUUUAUAGAUUUUUAAAAUGUAUAUUAUUAUUAUUAUAAGCAUAAGUGGCAUUUGUGUAAAUGUAGGGUACAAUUAAAAAAAGAGAGGUGAGGAUAAAUUGGAUUACUUUUAGAUUUAUUUAUUUUUUUAAUUAAUAUGUACAGCUUCUACUACACAUACAGUAUGUUAAGCUAUAAAUAGCAAACGUUAUAUUAUUAUU